AUGUUAAGAGAGCAUGAUGAUAUGAAACGGAAAGAUCGGCAUAUAUCAAGUUUUAUGCAAAAUAAAAAAAAAAAUCGUUACCAACAUGUUGUACUUUACAAUGAAGGGGCGGUAAUUGUUAAGGCGGUAAAAAAAGAUGAGACUGAUGAUGAUUAUAUUCAUGCAACCAAAAUUAAAGGAGAUUUUGGAAAUUAUAUAUUAGCUCAAGUAUUGUAA